AUGAAUGAAAUCGAUGAUUAUGACAAUCAUUUGGGCUUGAUGAAUGAAAUCGAUGAUUAUGACAAUCAUUUGCGCUUGAUGAUGAAUGGGAUGGUCAGACAGCUGUGCGAAGCGUCUGUCGUGGAGCAGUGGUCUUUUCGGGUUCUGGAUGGGAAGAUCAUGCCGAAACGGGGUAACGGACUCAUCACUCUGAUCCGGGAUCUCUUGAGCGGACAAGAUGCGCCGACGAUGAGCCGGGCUUCGGCUUUGGAGUUCUUGAAGAGGCAGCUGCCCGACAAUUUGAGCACAGAGCAAGUCCAGGUGAUCGUGACACCUUCCCUGCUUUAUUCUGACAUGGACGCAGCGGAGUGGACAGCAAUAGAAGUAAUCGUUGCGCUGUUAGGCACGGGUGGACAAACAUAUAAACAGGAUGCACGGUCAGAGGCCCGCCAGCGAACCCUGCAUCUGUUGAAGGAGAAAAUGCCGAGCCAAAUGAUCGCUGUGCAGACGGAGAAGUUCUUGCCUUGGCUGAAGAGCGCGGAUCGACGGACAAGCGCUUCCGCGCGGCAUUUGUUCGAACAGAGGAUUUCGGAAGAAGUGCUGACCGAACACUUUGACACCAUCGUUCCGCCGCUUCUCACUGACAAGCAUCUGCAUUUUUGGUCCAUUCGCUUCGUGACGGACCGGAUCUCGAGGGCACGCCUCACGGACCUUAUCGAUUUAAUAAUCUUCCAGCUCCCGUAUCAGCUGAGUGCACCACAUCUUUGGGAGAUUGCUAAGUUUUUGGACUGUUUAUCUGAGCUCCCUUAUCAGACUUGCAUUUCGCAUCUGCUGCGCUGUCGGAUUGACGCAGUGCUCGCGGUGAUGCUGUCUGAGCAUUGGGAGACGAUCUGGUCCCCCUCCACACGGACUGCAGCAUCCAAACUCGCUUUGAAAGAAGCUUCUGGUCUCUCAAGAAAGCAGCUUGUGGAGCAUUCGCGACAGCUGGCAGCUCUGCUUCGCAAAGCAGGUCACCUGGAUGAUUUUGAGAACAUCUUCCCGGAUCUCCUGAAAAAGAGCUGCCCGCAGCAUGACUGGGCGGAGCUCUUGUCUAAGCUGCCUGUCUCUUGUCUCCUCGCAGUGGUGGAACCCGAGGGCAUCAUCACUUGGCGAGACAAGUCCGGCAACACUUGGCUGCACCUCGCGGCCGAAGCAGGGAAUUGCGAGGCCUGCGAGGCCUUGGUGGACCAGGUUGGCCAUCCCCUGCGCGAGAAGAACAAAGCUGGCGACGAGCCGCUGGCGCUUGCCGCGAAUCGCGAGGUGGAUCGGAUCCUGAGGAGCAGGAUGCACUUCCGGGAGACCCGAUUCGGCCACGGGAAUGCCUUCGAGAAGAUGAUGCAGGAUGAGCGGCAGGUGUCUGAGGUGACCUGGUACACGGUGCCUCUCCCUGGCAUGGCUGGCCGAUGUAGAGGCCUUCACUCCUUCCUCGUGGUCACCGUCUCCGACACAUAUCAGGGAGAGCAAACGUACGUGCUGGAGAAGGCGGCCGGCUCCUUUGCCAGGGAGGCCCAUCAGAAGCAUGGCAUCUUCAUCGGGAACCGAGAUCUGGGCAGCAACUUGAGGAGCGUGGAUGGACUAAAGAUGCGGAAGCAAGUUAAGCUCAGCAACAGAAGCCUGCAGACGGGGCUCGAAAUGAAGAACUUCUAUGAGGUGGCCCACAGCACGGGCCCGUAUGAUCUUGCAUCUUCCAACUGCCAUCAUGCCGUUCAGGAAGCUUUCAACCAUUGCUGCGCCAGAGAGGAAGACAAGGAGCUGCAGCCUCCAAACGAGUGGUUGGCAAAGCUGGGUGGCGCACUUCAGCUGGGUGGUUUGUUCAACUCAGCCAGCUCUGGCUCAGGAGGCUCGGAUUCUGACGUUUCUUCAGCGAAUUCGGAAGUGGCGUCUGGCAGCCAGAUCGUGGAUUCCCCGAGUGGCUUUUCUUGGUCCGGUAGCCCUGCCUCCGACGCCUUCGCAGAAAAAGCUGCUGCCCUGUGCCUGGGUGUGUACGAGCAGGAUCCUGCAAUCGCCUUAAGGCCAACGGAGGCAGGUACCGUGUCUAUCCGCAACACUCUGGCCAGACCCGUGCUGGUGUAUGACCACAACAGCAGGACCCGUCACAGAGUGCAGGCUGACGCGGUGUUGAAAAUUGCAGGAUGUGCCGCUGAGAAAAUUCUGGUGGAUAUCUACGCCGAUUCGUGGACUGGGAGGUGCUUGCCCGGGCGCCGACUGGCAAGGAGGCAAGCUGUGUGGAGGGGCCACAGGUACAACAUGUCAACAGACUUCCGGGACGAUGUCGUGCUGCAAGAGGCGGAGGCAUUCGUUCCAAAACAGUCAGUAGAGGUGCUUCAUGCCACCUCGAAGAGCGGCAGCAGUCCCGUGCAGUGGCUCCUGGCCAGAUCGGGCUCCGUGCUUUACGUCGCUUUCCAAGGCACAAGUGAUUUGGAGGAUGUGGUCAUUGACCUCUGUGCCGUGCCUGACUUUCACAGAUUCAAAGACCACGGCAUCGGCGUGCACAGUGGGAUUGGCCAUGCCCUCGAGCAGGAGGGAGAUGGAAUUUGUCAUGUGGUUACCGACGUUCUGCAGGCUUUGGAGCAGCACCGUCAACCUGGAGAGCGGCUGGUCCUUUGCGGCCAUUCGCUAGGUGGAGCCUACGCCCAAGUCAUGGCAGUCCACUUGCUGAGCCGGAAUGUGGAAGUAACUGCACUCCGAACCUUCGGUGCUCCGCACGUCCUCGUGCCUCCGAACCCGCAAGACUUUUCAGCAUUGUGGCAGGGGUUGGAUGUGAUCACGAGCCACUUCGUGCACGACUGGGACCCUGUUCCCAGGAUCCCUCUCUGCAAGGUGUGGCUGACUGAUGUUCUGCCGCAGCUGAAGCAGGAGGUUGUGCGAGGGGUCAGGAUUGGUAUUGCCCAGAAGUACAUCGAAGCAUUGCAGCGGAACUGCAACGAGACCAGGGCGAAGUUCUUGAAGAGGUACGAUGUGGUGGGCGAGGUCGUGCUUGUGAGCGAAGCCUCCGGUUUGGUUCUCGUUGCCGCUGCACCACGGGAAAUCCCCCUUGGCGAAGAAGCUGCGCCAUUGAAAGAACUGCUCGGGGAGAAGCCUCCUGGUGCAAUCAUGACUCCAAGCAAGCUCCUUGCUUACCACGAUAUGUCGGUCUAUCUGCAGCUCACGCGAACUAUGUCGGCCUCAUAA